AUGCCGCAGCAGCAUAAGCACAUUUUGAAGUCUGCUCAUGGCACCAUCAGCACGAUGUGAUGUAUUACCCAAGAUGACAGAAUACAACUUUAGGUAACUCUUAUCGUCCCAUUCGUCACUUUGAUACCCACAGAAUGGCUGCCCUCUCCUCGGGACCGUUCUCCACCGAUGCUUGGGUAUUGCCGGCUAUGACGGUGAUGGCACAUUGCCUGCACACACCGGGGCAGGUAAGGGGAGCUCUGCGAAGAAGCACGAUGGACCCACCGGCAUGUUUCUAUCAGUCAUGGGAAGCAAUAGAUCCUUGUUCAUCUUCAGUGAGCAGAACUUCAUCAGACGAUAUGCCAAGUGGUUGACAGAUUGGCCUCCAUUCGAGUAUCUAAUCCUUGCUACCAUCAUAGCAAAUUGUGUUGUCCUGGCUCUAGAAGUCCAUCUACCAAAGGAAGACAAGACGCCCAUGUAUAUGGAACUGGAGAAGACGGAGAUUUACUUCCUUGCCAUUUUUGGCCUGGAAGCAGCCAUCAAAAUCACGGCUCUAGGUCUGGUACUACACAAAAACUCCUAUCUCCGCAGUGGAUGGAACUUUAUGGAUUUUGUAGUCGUAGUUACUGGGUUUAUCACCUUCAUAGGGGAUUUGAUAGAGGAAGGAUCAGGCGACGGCAGUUCUGGGGCUCCAGACCUCCGCACCCUUCGAGCUAUAAGAGUGCUUCGACCCCUGAAAUUAGUAUCAGGCAUUCCAAGUUUGCAAGUCGUCCUCAAAGCUCUGCUGAAAGCCAUGGCUCCUCUCCUGCAAAUCGGCCUGCUGAUCUUGUUUGUCAUUGUCAUCUUCGCCAUCAUUGGGAUGGAGUUUUUCCAGGGAAAAUUCCACAAAACCUGCUUCGAAACGGAUGAAUUUGGUAACAACACAGGAGUCAUAUCCAUGGCAAAUGGGGAUCCCCAAGUGUGCGCAGAUACCAGUAACACUGCCGGUUACCACUGUCCUAAUAACACCAUUUGUUCUGAGUAUUGGGAAGGUCCCAACUUUGGCAUCACCAACUUUGACAACAUGCUCUUUGCAAUGCUGACGGUAUUCCAGUGUAUUACCCUGGAAGGCUGGACCAACAUCAUGUACUAUUGUAACAAUUCCGAAGGGCCGUAUUUUGUCUGGCUGUACUUCAUACCUCUCAUCGUCAUAGGUGCGUUCUUCAUGUUGAACCUCGUUCUUGGUGUCUUGAGUGGAGAGUUUGCAAAAGAAAGAGAGCGCGUAGAAAACAGACGAGAGUUUCUGAAACGCCGGCGGCAACAGCAACAAGAGGAGGAACUGGACGGUUACUUAGAAUGGAUAUGCAAAGCAGAAGAGGUCAUGUUGAAUGACAAUACGACCUCCAAGGAAGAAAAACCAAUAAUAGAAGUGAAGAUCAAGAAGCAGAAGAGAUGCCUCUGGCUUCGUCACCGAGAGAAGAAGUUACGAUUCUUUGUGCGUCACAUGGUCAAAACGCAGGCAUUUUAUUGGCUGGUCAUCGUGCUGGUGUUCCUCAACACUGUCUGUGUCGCUAUUGAGCAUUACGGGCAGCCAGAGUGGCUCACACAGUUUCUCACCCAUGCAGACUAUAUCUUCUUAGGAAUCUUCAUCAUAGAGAUGGCCAUCAAGAUGUAUGGCCUAAGCCUAUCGGGCUACUUCCGAUCUGCCUUCAACAAGUUUGACUGUCUGGUUAUCCUGGCUAGUUUGUUUGAGAUCAUCUAUACUAGGUUUCAGAGUGGUUCAUUUGGUUUCAGCGUCCUUCGAGCCCUGCGCCUUCUUAGAAUAUUCAAAGUAACAAGAUACUGGUCUUCGAUGCGCUACUUGAUCCUCUCCUUGGUGCAGAGUAUUCGCUCCAUUGUCAGUCUGGUGUUCUUGCUCUUCUUAUUCAUCGUCAUAUUUGCCUUGCUCGGCAUGCAGCUAUUUGGUGGCUCUUUUAACUAUGACCCUACCAGCCCCAAACCUUCCAACAAUUUUGACAUCUUUCCAAUCGCACUCAUGACGGUGUUUCAGAUCUUGUCAGGAGAGGAUUGGAACGUGGUGAUGUGGUAUGGGAUACAAUCUCAGGGAGGCGUGUCAAUGGGCAUGAUCUACAGUCUCUACUUCGUCAUUCUGACGUUAUUUGGCAACUACACCCUCUUGAAUAUCUUCCUUGCUAUCGCUGUGGAUAACGUGGCUAAUGCCCAAGAGAUGACCAAACUGGAUCAGGAGGAUGAAGAGGAGGCUCAAGCACUGAGAGAUGCCGAGCAGAGAGAACUACAGACUCAUCGUAACUCACUGCAGCCUGGACAGGAAGCGAUAGAGGGAAGUGCAGCCAUCAAUAUGAACGAUGCCAAAGGGAUAAAUGGAGACUACAAAGUUGAGAAUGGUGACCCAGAGAUCAUAGUGACUGUGGUGGACCCUCCUGGAUCCCGCUGGCGCCGCUGGUUUACCUAUCUGCAUGUGCAUGGUAUCCCAUGGCCGUGCCCCGCUGUGGGACCGGUGAAUUGUCCCGGUGUGGAUGCCGUCUGUAACUCCACCUGCUGGUCUGCUUGUCCCUGCUCACGACCCCCCUGCUGUGGUAGACGGGAGAACAAAGAUGAAGAAGCUCAAGACACUCAAGGAGACGAUGAGUUUGGACCCAAGGAGAUGGUUCCUUACAGUUCCCUCUUCAUCUUCAGUACCACCAACCCCAUGCGACGGUUCUGCCACUACAUUGUCAACCUUCGCUACUUUGACUUCCUCAUCAUGGUUGCCAUUGCUCUGAGUAGCAUCACACUAGCUAUGGAAGACCCCAUUCAUUCAGAGAGUACCUACAAUACGGUUCUGGAGUAUUUUGACUACAUCUUCACCACUAUCUUCGCCAUUGAGAUGAUACUCAAGAUCACCAAUAUGGGAUUGCUGUUCCAUAAAGGAUCUUACUGCCGAGAUGUCUGGAACAUUCUAGAUGCUGUUGUCGUCAUCUGUGCAGUGAUCGCUAUCAGUGUUGAGCUGUCGCAACGAAGUGGAGAUAACUCGAGUGCUAGCCAAAACCUGAACACCAUCAAAGCGCUCAGAGUGUUUCGAGUGCUACGACCCCUCAAAACUAUCAAGAGAGUUCCCAAACUCAAGGCCGUGUUUGACUGCGUGGUGAACUCCGUCAAGAACGUCACCAACAUUGCCAUCGUCUACGCUCUCUUCAUGUUCAUCUUUGCUGUGAUUGGUGUUCAGCUCUACAAGGGUCGUUUCUUCCACUGUACAGAUCCCUCCAAGCACACCGAGUUAGAGUGCAAGGGUAACUUUUUCGUCUACAGCGGUGACCUGAUUGCAGAAAUUCAGCCCAGACAGUGGGAGCUGUAUUCAUUCCAUUAUGAUAACGUCUUUUCAGCGUUACUCACUUUGUUCGUUGUCUCCACCGGAGAUGGAUGGCCUGAUGUCUUACAGCACUCCAUUGAUGCGACAGAAGAAGGCCGAGGCCCUGAGCCCUACAACAAUCUCUCCAUGGCUCUCUACUAUGUGGUCUACUUCAUCAUCUUCCCUUUCUUCUACCUGAACAUCUUUGUUGCGCUGAUCAUCAUCACCUUUCAGGAGCAAGGAGAACAAGAUGUCCAGAAUGGAGACAUUGACAAGAAUCAGAAACAAUGCAUGGAGUUCUGUAUUCAGGCCAAGCCCACAGACGGUUUUGUUCCUGUCGACAAGAACUCCAUCAAGUACAAAGUCUGGAAACUGGUGGUGUCUCGACCGUUUGAAUAUUUCAUCAUGCUUCUCAUUGCUCUGAAUACCAUCGCACUGAUGAUGAAGACCUAUAAAGCAACGGAUACCUACACAGACACUCUGAAGUACUUGAAUAUAGCAUUCACUGUUAUGUUCACCAUUGAGGCAAUCCUCAAGCUUAUCGGCUUUGGGCCGAGGAAUUACUUCCGGGUGUCUUGGAACGUAUUUGACUUCAUCACCGUGGUCGGAAGCAUCGCAGAUGCAAUCAUCUCAGAAGUUGGCGCUGAUACUUUCAUCAAUCUCAGUGUUUUGAGGCUGUUUCGCGCAGCUCGGUUGAUCAAACUUCUUCGUCAGGGGUCCUCCAUUCGAAUCCUUCUCUGGACAUUCGUUCAGUCUUUCAAGUCUCUACCGUGGGUCUGUCUGCUGACUUUCAUGCUGUUCUUCAUCUAUGCAAUCAUAGGCAUGCAGGUGUUUGGCAACAUAGACACUACCGAAGUUACCAGCGAGAUUAAUCGACAUAACAACUUCAGCAACUUUUUGAUGUCCCUGAUUUUACUCUUCAGGUGUGCAACAGGUGACAGUUGGCAGGGUAUCAUGUUCGCCUGUGUGCAGGGUAGUAAAUGUCAUCCAGAGAGUCUUCCUCCUGACGCACCCGAGGACAAGAUAAACGGAUGUGGCUCUGCCUUUUCCUAUGCCUACUUUGUCUCCUUCAUAUUCCUCUGCUCUUUCCUCAUGCUGAAUCUCUUCGUGGCCGUCAUCAUGGAUAACUUCGACUAUUUGACUCGCGACGCUUCGAUCCUGGGUGCGCAUCAUCUGGACGAGUAUGUGCGUGUCUGGGGAGAGUUGGAACCCUCGGGAACUGGUCGUCUGCAAUACAGAGACAUGUAUGAAAUGCUGCGGAAUAUGGAACCUCCAGUUGGGUUCGGUCGGAAUUGCCCCUACAGAAUCUCGUACAAGCGUCUGAUACGAAUGAACAUGCCCGUCGCUAAAGAUAAAACGGUGCAUUUUACCACCACUCUGAUGGCACUGAUACGCACAGCUCUAGACAUCAAGAUAGGAAAAGUUGCCGACAGAGAUCGUCAUGAUCGUGAGCUGAGGGAGGCUGUCAAGAACUUCUGGCCCAUGUUGAACACUGAAAAGCUAGAUUUGCUGGUCCCUCCAGACAGUGAGGUAAUCGGAGAGAAACUGACCGUUGGUAAGAUUUACUCCGCCCUACUGAUCUAUGAGACGUGGAGAGAAUACAAGGCGAAGCUACAGAGAGACGGUCACGCUAGAACGCUUCGAUACCAGAAGCGAAUGGAGUACCUUCGGAAAUUCCGAGGCAGUGGCGAAGUGUUAACCUUACAGGUCCCUACUGCGGAUGGUAAACAUCUUAGACAGAGAGUUCACGAGGAAACCUGUGUGUAACGUCAGGUGAAGGCUUGGUCAACCAUCUUGCCUCUUCUUCCACCCAACCUGCAUGCUCCCUCUGAUGGCCUGAUCAAUAAAGAGUUGUCUCAAACUCCCUUGCAAUUCCGUUGUCUUUUCAACAUCUGCAAAUAUUGAAAAGUGUUUUAAAACGCUCAAUUUGCAGUCAAUUGCAAAUUAUUUUAGUUUUUUUUUUUUUGGCAAAUGGUGAUUAUAUUAGUUUUUAAAUACAGAUUACAAAGUGUUUCUAAGGCUGUUUAUUCUUUGUUACACAUUGAAUAAGACAUCCAUAUUGCCAUAUUGAUGCGUUGCUAUAUAGAUUUCUAUGGAAACCAUGAAGAUACCUGGAACCUGCCGUUAUGACAGUUAAUAACCUGCUUGGCCUUUGCAAGUUUAUUUUGAGAAAGAUAUGCACAAUCAAAUUUCGUUUCCUAAUUCCUAGUUCCAAUUUCCCAUCCCGCAAUGAAACACCUCCUUAUCCUCCAUUGUAUCUCCAUCCAUUCUCCAGCCAUGUCCCUCCUCAUCAUUGGUCCAACCUACCUUAGCGUAGGUCCUCCCUUCUGUGGCCUCCUUCCCUUCCAUGCAUGGCCCCACCCUUCCUUAGCCAAUCCUGGUUCCACCCAUUUCUGGCCCACUCUUCCUUUGACCCACAGUGACUUGGCCAAACCCAUCCCGGUCCACCUAUUCACCAGCCCAUCUUUCCCUAUCCCAACCCAACCCUUCCUCCACCCCUCCCUCACCAUUUAACCCUUCCCCACCCUUCUGUGGCCUUGCCCUUCCAUAGCACCACCCUACCUUAGCCCCAUAGUUGAUCCCCCCAUUCCAUCCCCACCCAUGUGUAGCCCGGUCAAUUUUCUUUGCUACACUCCACUCUUCCUUGGCCGAAUUGAUCUCUUUGUCAUCUAAUUGGCAGAAUUGAUCUCCUGUCAUGCUAUCCUUGUAAUCUUUCUACUGCAGUCAUUUCCCCUUUACCUCAGCAGGAUCAAUCCUCGAUUAUUGUGACUUGCCUGAGUUUCGUGUUUGUUCACCAAAACACUUAGCAAACAAUGAGUUCUUCUUAUGAUUGAUGAAUUCUUCUUAUGGUGGAUUUAAUCGUAAGCUGACAUGGAAACAUUUGUUUUUUCUCAAGGCAUCAAGCAUAACAAUUUCCAAUUUGCCGUGAUACGCAUAGCAGUCGGAAGCUGGAAUAGUCAUAUGAUUUGCAGGAACUCACUUCAUUGGUGGAUGAGCUGAGAUUUGAAUAUAUGUAUUCAAAUUUGAUGGUUUGUGGUUAUGGUUUAGGUUCAUCUUAAAGUCUUGUUCUCCGAACAGGUUUGGGUUGGUUUUUCCAAGGUUACCUCAAUACCAUUUUCCUUUUUUUGCAGGGCAUCACAUGUCGGUGACCUUUGACCCUUUCAAUGGUACCAUGGUUACCCACUGAUUUCAGAUUAUUUGUAGUGGUGAUUGGAGGGGAAUUAGUAUGAACACAAACAUUGGAAUGAUUCUGAAGUCGAUGAAGUUAUGAAAUCGGUUGCACAAGUUUUUUUUACACAUGUAUAUUUUCCAUGGAGAGGUGUAUAAAGUCAUAAUUUUAUGUUUUGUAUCCAAAUCGAUUAUUAUUGUAUUAUAAGACGGAUAUUGCUUGAUGGCAAUCCUAAAAAGAAAAAAAAUUGUUUUAUUUGUUCAUAACUAUCCAACUCUUUUGUUGCUUUUUAGUUUUAGUUUUAUUCUUUUCAUAAUGCAAUGUUUGAUGAUAAUGCUAACUAUGAGUCAUGGAAAUCAUCGUGAAAUAUGUGUAUUAUAUCGGGUGUAUUAUGCAAUGUCUUUCAGUUUGCAGGGGCGGAUCCGGGAAUUUUCGCGGGGGGGGGGGUUCAUCGGCCAAAAAAUAUCUGAAAUGCAGACAGGGUUUUUU